AUGGAAGGACUCACCCUGGCUAUAUUUUCUGUGCUUCUGGUGGGUUUGUGCUCUGUGGUUGGAGCGGAGAAUAUCCCUGGGAACCGUGAGGCUUUCUUCCACAGAAGUAGUGGAGGUCACAGGGACCAUGUUCAUCACUCCAUCAGGUUCCCACUCUACACGAUGCAGCUCUACCGGACUCUGCUGGAGGGAGACACAUUCAGGGCGCCGCCAUCUGUCAGCGCCGCCCCGACCAAGAGUGAGGACAUCUCCCGUCUUCACGAUUCUGACUCUGUACUCAGUCUGAGCGCUAAGAACCUUGGCGUGAUCCUGGACAACACCCUGUCGUUCUCAACUAACAUCAAGGCGGUGGCCCGUUGUCACCAGAGCGGUGGGAGGUGGUCUGUCACCUUUGAUGCAUCCUCCAUCUCUGCAAGUAGCAACAUCAAGUGCUCCGAGCUGCGGAUCCGCCUGCCUACCUUCUCUGCCUCUGAGCAUGUCACUGUGAACUUGUACCACUCCCAGAGUGGCCGCUGCUCCAGCCCGCCAUGCCCAGAGAGCCUCUUCCUGGGAUGCCUGAGGGCAGAGCCCAGCUCCCUGACCGCCACAUCCAACUGGAGGGUGUUCAACGUCACCACCCUGCUCCGCUACUACUGGCUGCACCAGGGAGGCUCUGCACCUGGCCAUGAAGAGGGAAGGGCAGAGAGAGAGAAGGGUCUGGAGAGUGUCCUGCACCCCACAGCCGACCGGGUCAUGAUGGUGGCCUUCUCCAAGCACCAGACAAAGAAGAAGGCCCCCACCCUCAUCCGCACCGCUGAACAUUCCAAGUAUGUCACUCUGGACCGGGAGCGAGCUGGAGCUGGCCCUGCUGUCAGCGUAGAGGGAGGAAAGGAAGCCCGGCGCAGGAAGAGGCACGGGCUUCACCAGAGAGCAGGAGUGGCUGGGGUGGCCCCUGGCGUGGCCCACAUGGAGGAGAGGAAGGGCCCGCUGUGCAAGAAGGUAGACAUGUGGGUGGACUUUGACCAGAUAGGCUGGAGCGAGUGGAUUCUUUACCCCAAGCGCUAUAACGCCUACCGCUGUGAGGGCAGCUGCCCUACCCCAGUGGACGAGACCGUCACCCCCACCAACCAUGCUUACAUGCAGAGUCAACUGAAGCUUCACCGCUCAGACCGGGUCCCGUGCCCGUCCUGUGUGCCCACCCGCCUGGCCCCUCUGUCCAUGUUGUAUUACGAAAACAGCGAGGUGCUGAUGCAGCACUUUCAGGGCAUGGUGGUGGACGAGUGCGGCUGCCACUGA